AUGGUGGGGGCUUCGCCAUGUCCCUCCCCUUGCAGCUGUUCCAAACCAGGCAAGUCGUGUGAUUUGCACCCCCGAGAUCUACAGGAAGUGCCUGAGAGUAUCUCUGUCAACACACGGUACUUGAACCUACAGGAGGAUUCCCAUCAGGUAAUUCGGACAGAUACCUUCAAACACUUGCGGCACUUGGAGAUUCUGCAACUGUCAAAGAACAUGAUCCGAACUAUUGAAGUAGGUGCAUUCAAUGGCCUGCCCAAUCUCAACACCCUUGAACUCUUUGACAAUAAACUAACGCUGGUGCCCACGCAUGCAUUUGAGUAUCUGUCUAAGCUGCGGGAAUUGUGGCUGAGAAACAAUCCCAUUGAAAGCAUCCCAUCGUACGCUUUCAACCGCGUGCCAUCACUGCGGCGUCUGGACCUGGGCGAGCUUAAGAAGCUGGAGUAUAUUUCAGAAGCUGCCUUUGAGGGUCUAGUCAAUCUACGAUAUCUGAACCUUGGCAUGUGUGGACUUAAGGACAUUCCCAACCUCACACCUCUUGUGCGACUUGAAGAGCUGGAAUUAUCUGGGAAUCGGCUAGAAAUUAUUCGUCCCGGAUCCUUUCAGGGGCUUGUGGCACUGCGCAAACUCUGGCUGAUGCAUGCACAGGUAUCAGUCAUAGAACGAAAUGCCUUUGAUGAUCUCAAAAACCUGGAGGAACUGAACCUUUCCCACAACAACUUGCAUUCUCUUCCCCACGAUCUAUUCACACCACUUCACCGCCUGGAAAGGGUGCAUCUCAACCAUAACCCUUGGAUCUGCAAUUGUGAUGUGCUGUGGCUUAGCUGGUGGCUGAAGGAGACAGUGCCAAGUAAUACUACCUGUUGUGCCCGUUGCCACGCCCCUCCGCUUUUGAAAGGAAGAUACAUUGGUGAAUUGGACCAGAGUCACUUUACUUGCUAUGCCCCAGUGAUUGUCGAACCACCUACAGACCUGAAUGUAACUGAGGGCAUGGCAGCAGAAUUAAAAUGUCGAACGGGAACAACAAUGACAUCUGUAAACUGGUUGACCCCAAAUGGGACCCUGAUGACUCAUGGGUCAUAUCGGGUGAGAAUCUCUGUGCUGCAUGAUGGGACUCUUAACUUCACCAACGUGACAGUGCAGGACGCAGGCCAGUACACUUGCAUGGUGACCAACUCAGCAGGCAACACAACUGCCUCAGCUGUGCUGAAUGUUUCAGCCGCUGAUUCUGGCAGUAGUUUUAGUUACUUCACCACAGUCACUGUUGAGACGGAGUCAAAUGCGAGGGAGGGUGCUGUACGACAGGACACAAAUGAGUCCACUGUACGAUUUAGUAGACCCACCCCCUCUGAGAGCUGGGAAGGCUGGGGUCCAACUUCUGCAACAACCACAUCACCCCGCUCUACACGAUCGAAUGAACGGGCUUUCACUGUGCCCAUAACAGUAGUGACAGAGAGUUUUUCAGGCUUGGAUGAUGUGAUGAAAACCACCAAGAUCAUUAUUGGCUGUUUUGUGGCCAUCACUUUUAUGGCAGCUGUGAUGCUGGUGGUCUUUUACAAACUCCGAAAGCAGCACCAGUUACAUAAGCAUCAUGGGCCUGCACGAGCCAUUGAGAUUGUCAAUGUGGAGGAUGAGCUUACAGGAGGUGCGACUGCUGGAGGAGGCAGUGUGGGGGGCAUUUCUGGGGGCACGGGACUCUUACAUGGAAGCGGCGGCACCCUCAGACUUCAGUCUUCACAUUCCCAAGAGGGCAAUGUGAUGACCUUGCCUUCCAUUGCACGUUCUGAUCACCUCAAUCACUACUACAAGGCCCAUUUUAACAAUAACAUCCUCUCUAGUCGCAGCAGUGCUCUCUCAGGGGGCUUGACCUCAAACCUGCUGUCAUCAUCUUCAGCCAACACCAAUCCACUCACCUCCCCUUCCCUCAUCCUCCAGGGACCGAAGAGCAACUCAGUGACAUUGAACUCCAUUCAUGAGCCCUUGCUCUUCAAGAGCAGCUCCAAGGAGAAUGUCCAGGAAACUCAAAUUUAGCUGCUGCUGGGAUGUAGAUUGAUUAAAAAAGGGAGGGAGAGAGUGAUUUGGGAAUGGUGCAUGUACAGGAGCUGGGGUAGAAACUGAGACAGAACAGCAGUGGGAAGAAUAUCAAGAGUAUUUGGCAUCCUGAGGCAAUCAAGAAAGCUUUCACUAGACGCACACAUGCUUUCCACACACUCCCACGCUCCACCGUGGUGCAACUAAACCCUUACCGUUUUGAUAUAGUCAUUGGUGGGGUGAUAGGCAUUUUCUUAAGAGUGAGAGGUUGGUAAUGCUAAAGGCCCACAGUGAAGAAGAAGAGAGAGGUACACCUACAUGAACCAAGCCAAAAUUGCCUUGUUUCCUGGGGAAGUAUCCCCUUGUUUUAUUAUGUGUUUACUGGUAAGAUUUCAGUUGGACAGUAAGAUGGGAAAGAGCAAAUAAUGCUGGAUUAGUCUUAUGAAUUCUGCUCUUUAUUAUUGAUGCCCUGUACAUCCUCUGAAUUUAGCUUAGGGGUCUUUUGGUAAAUUCAUGUCUUGUUAGUUAGUACAGGUUUUGACCUCUUCUGGGAAAUACAGCAUCAAGAACUCAGGAGGGAUUGUCAGAUGCUUGCAAUGCAGAGUUCAAAGAUCUUGUCCCAAGAAACAUAAUUUAGCAAAGGUCCAUCACUCCCUCAUGCUCCUUCCCUCUUGCCUCCCAUUUUUGCAUAUGCAGGAGAUUUUAUGCUCUUGCCCUCCUAUACAUAUUCUUGUAAUUCAUGUUUUACAUACCAUGCCAGAUGCUUGAGAAAAUGUAGCCCUGAGAUGACAUGGGAUGAAAGGGGAUUGGUGGACUGGUAAAGUGCAAUAUGGUGAUAUGUUUCUGUCUUACUGUCCUUUUGGCCGUGGAGUUUUCCAAUCAGGUGCCGCUGAUCCUAUGAAAACUCUGCUGUAGUGGCGACUUGUUUUCUGGGACACAUUGACAAUGGUUCGGGAAGAACAAGGGCCGCCGCAUAAGACUCUGUAUCAGUCUGAACAUCGGCUAUUGUGGGCACACAACAACCUGAGAGCAAAUUUCAUCACAGGUACAAAAGAGUAAAGAGAACUUACAAAAAAACAAAAUGUAAUGGAAGGUGGAAGUACUUUGAGCCGGUGUUAACUUCAGUUGUGCCAAGACAUUAUUAUUAUCAUUAUUUUAAAAUUUUUACUUUUGGAAAAAUUAAGAUGUGCACAAAAUAUUAAAUAUGGCUGAUUUCUUGUGAAUUUUGGGAACAGCAAAAAAAAAAAAAUGACACAAUUACCUUUUUACUGGAUUUUCUUUUUCCGUGACAAAAAAAAAAAUCAAACAGAAGGAAUUCUUCAAAUUCAGGAAAAACAAUCCCUGCCCCCUCUCACAACAGCGAAUGAUGAACACAAAGAAAAAGACAAAAAUAACAUAACAGAUAAGUUAAUCUUGGUCUGGGAAAUUUGAAUGAUAGAAUUCCUCAGCCAAACUGAAAAUGUGAAUGAACAGACCUGGGAGUAUUAUGAAGCUGUGCUUUGUUUCUUUGGACCCGAAUGUAAGAAGAGGACAGCUCCCAGGUCAAUUUGUGUUUGCUUUGCUCAUAAUCUGAGUGACUAACAUGAGCUGUUGCUCCAGACACCUGUCCAGCCCAGUUCCGCCAGCACUGGAUACAACCAAGCUCAUUCGGGACCUGUGAACAGCGUCUCCUAUGGAGGGAGGCUUCAAUCUUAGACUCUGGAUUGGGGGUGGGCUCUUAAGAAAGUGUUUAAAUUUUUUUUGGUCCAUUUUUGGUGAAUUUUUCUUAUUUUGAAAUUUUUGAAUUCUUUGUAAUUUGUUGUGUUUUUCUUUUUGGCUCUUUCAUUUUUCAUUCUGAAUGGUUUUGUUACAGAGCUGAGAGUGAAGAAUACCUUGUGAAUGUUUUUGUUAAUAUUUUUUUCUCUUAAUUCAUUGAUAGUAUCAGUUAGUCCAUUUAUUAUAAGGACAGGGUCAUUAAGAAUAUUCUCUUAAAAAAAAAAAAAAAGUACUUGCAAGAAGUGCAUCAAUUAGGCCUUUAUUCCCAGGAUGUGCAUCAGUUAGGUUUCUAUGUACAGGAAGUGAGUCAAUAGAGACCUUUGGCAGGAAGGCUGAAAUUCUGGAAAACUGAGCACAGUGCUAGCAUAUUAUUAGAGAGUGUGGUAUUUGUUGGCUGCUCGGAGGGUGACUGGUCAUGUCCCCUCUCUGCCCCUUAUCAAAUUCCAUAUGUGUUACAGAAGCUCUCUGUUAAUGAUGGAGCCCUAUUGAUUCAAUUUGUUUCUCUGCUGGGCCUUAGUAAUUUCUUUCAUUUGGAAUUUCUUGUUGAGACUUGCUACCUACCUGCACGUAUAUUUGCUUUCUUGCCCCAAUGGUGAAAGGGACCUUCCAUCUAUCUGGUUUCCUGAUUAUCAAUUGCAUUUUUCACAAUGAACACAGAAUUUGCUCCCCUGCUACAGUACCGAACACCUCACGCGGAUUGGGAAGCUGCUUUUUUCUCCUUCUGUAGCUCAGACCUGCUGGUCAUGUUCUCAAAUGGAAGGGAAGCUGCUUCUCAUUGGCUACAGGUCAAGCUUAGAUUUUUUUUUUCUUUUAAUAGGGUAGAGAAAGCAGUAAUAUGGGGGUGGCGGUGGGUGGUUAGUGCACAUGCAGUAUUUCAGUGCUUGGAAUAUGUUAAGAAAAGUUGGUGAGUUGGACUUGAGAAGGCUGCGGUCUCCUGUCCUUGUGGCAGAACUCUCAUGUGGUGCUUUUACGUGUGGUGCCUCUCUUGUCCUCUGGGUACAUCUCCACCUCUGCCUCUCUCGUUUCAUGUGUGCAUAUCAUCCCCGUGCUCAUCAGUGGCACAUGUAACUUGUAUCGUAGUUAAUCCAGUGGUGGCUCCUAGGCAAUACUUUCUCUACAGAUUUAACCCCCAAGCCUUCCCUUUGUUGUUGCUUGCAUAUUUAAAAUCGUUUCUGCCAAAAUGCCCUUUGCUUUCUUUGUAUUGUGUGGAAGCCUGCUGUCAGUGCUCAUCUGGUGCCUGGUGGGAUUAUAAGGAAGCAUGUCCAUGUGGGGUUUGUGCUCUUCAAAAGAACAGAGCAAGAUCCAGCUAUACAUGAUUUGCCUUUGAAGCAGGUAUUACAAAUAAGGGCAUCCCUUUCACCCAUUAAAAACAACAGAAAGAAAUAGAAAUGACUUAACCUGGCCUGGAAUAAACACUAAACUUUGUUACAUGCAAGAUCCAGCCCUUUUAGAUCUAGAUCUUGUGUGGCACAAAUUUUGUAAUUUUGAUUUGAUCAAUUUCCUAGAAUUUCAUUUUAUUAUUUCAAAGUUCAGAUAAGUAAUUAAAAAAACAAAACUCAUUGAAUGGUAAUAAACCAGAUAGUUUGCAACACACAGAAUUAUUAUAAUUGGGGCCCUUCCCCGAUUUCCCUAGUGCACAUUAACCUGGUUUAAGCUUCACCUCGAGUUAAUCACUAGCAGAUUUUCUUUUGAGGAUUGUUAAAUAGGUUUCAUCUAAAGUUAUAAAUGAUGCUGAACCUAGCAGCUCCAAUCACAACUCUCCACCGGAAGGAUCCCAGCAGGCUUUGAAUGCUGGCUAAGAUGGGACAGGCCACCUUGUCAUGGAAGUAUUAGCUUAAAACAAGUAAAAAAAAUCAGCUAGAAGAGAGAAAACUUGCUUUCCAAAGGCAUUUUACUUAGUCACUUCCAUCCAUGUGCAAAGGAAUUUUAAGAUGCCUAAGUCACCAAAUCCAUGCAUGUCUCCUCCCCACGAAUAACUAAAUUGGGAAAACUGAUGGGUGGAUGUUGUAAUCUCCAGUACUUUUCAACAUAAUGAAGGAACUGGCUUAGGAUGGGGCCGCUGUCCACCACAGAGUCGCACAGUGGCCAGUGUAGAGAUGUUAAUGGACCUGUCGGCGUGUCUUUGGGCUGUGGGAGGACAGGGCAUGCAAACCCUGCGAGAACAAUGACCAUUUCACAUAGCAGGCUCCGCACCAUCAGAACACCGUUACUCAACUAAUGUUUGUUUUCAUUUUGUAACUUUAGUUGCAGGUAGAAUCCCAACACAAAACUUUCAGUGUGUUAGGCAAUUUUCAGAACCGAUAUUGUAACAGCAGUCAUCUCAAAUGCAGAGGCAAUGGUUGGAUUCAAACUGAUGACCUAAUGGUUUUCCAAUCAAGUUCCAACCUAUUUUAAAAUGAUACAAUAUCUAUUGCCAACCCUCCACCACCUCACUCACCAUGCAGGGGCCACCACUGGUCAGCACCAAAAUGCUGGCUUUGGAGUAGGACUGAUUGUUUUUUUCAUUAUUAUUAUUAUUAUUUUUUUAACCAAAGAACCCCAUUUGCAGUAGGCAUAACAAGUAAGCAAGGCUCAGGGUCAUCAGAGUAAUCCUCGUAGUUUUAGAAUGUUACAGGAGAUCUUUUUGUACCCACCCCUUGUACUUAUCCAUUUAAUUUCAGGCCUGCUGAGGGCACAGAGAGGAGUAAAACAAACUAGUGGGGGAACAUUUAUUAUUUUAUGUUGCUUUAUUUUUAACUAGGAGUAUUAUUAUUACAUUUCUAUAUAUUAAAAUAUAUAAAUAUUAUAUAUGAUAUAUAAAAUUUGUUAUUUUUUGCAGCAAUAUUGGUUCUGUAAAAAGAAGCCCUCCCACUUCCUGCUGCUGGGCAACAGCCAUUCAGCUUGCUAUGUUUCCUCAAAAAUAUUAAUUUAUAUUUGAUAACAUGUCUUGGAAUUGAAGACAUAGACACAUGCGCACACAGUCAGACAUAACAUGCAUAUAUAUAUAGAUUUAUAUUUUAAAAUAUAGAAAUAUAUAUUCCCUACUUUUUAAGGGGCAUAAGGACACAUUGGAAAAAUGUAUUAUUUUCCUAUUUUUCUGGUCAAUUGAUGCACUGUCAUUUUCAAAGGCUGACAUACUUUUUGUGCUCCGAUGUUUUUGCCCCUUCACUCCACAUUUCCUGUUUCCCCUCCUCCACUAUUUUGUGACCAGGGACCCUUCAAUAGGACAGGUGACAACAGUUUGAGGUGGGUUUGCUCCGGGUCCAGUAGUUUCAGGGAUUAGGAUGAGGAAAAAAGGGUUAAACACCGAAAGGGAAUAAAGAGAACAGAAAAAUCUGCUUGUGCUCAGUUCAGUCACACAGAGCAAUUCCAGUCAAGUGUCUUACUCUCAACUGCUUGUGCCAAAUGAAUGCCAACCUGUCCCAUCACUGCUAGUGUGCCAACAGGCAGCAUUGCCCAUGUGCCAAUAGCCAUCUUUACCAAUCUGUCCUAUUGUUAUUUUUUAGUCAAUUGAAUGUUACAGCUAGAAAAAAAAUUGUGUGUUAUGUGCCAAAUGUACUGCAAAGUGGUACCUUAGGGGUGAGGCUCAUUCAGGAGUGGAAUAAUAUAUAUAUAUAUAUAUAAAAUAUGUUUUAUAUAUAUAUAUAUAUAAAAUAUGUUUAUAUAUACCCUUGAAUAGUCCUCCAAAGCUUGAAAUGUUAUAAUGUGCCAAACCUGCCAAAAUGACACUUCAGGGAGAGGGAUAUACAGCUCAUGCAAGCCAGUCUCAUUCUCCAUUCCCUUUCCCCACCUCUCUAUCACAGUACACUUGAUUUGUUUUUUUGUUUUAUUGGUGAACCCCAAAAUACCUUUCUUUGACUCGGCACAGGGGUUUGAGCUAUUCUGCUUGUGAAUCAUCACUGACUGUGCACCAGACAUGUCCAGGGUCCCAAUGCUUUGCCGAGCCAACAGUGAGGCAGCUCUGUCUCCUGACCACUAAAGACAGUGUUAAUAGAAUCUGCCGAAAAUGAUGUACCAGACUAAACUGUUGUUUUUGGUUGUGUUCUCUUUUUUAAAUAAAUAAACAAAUUAAAAGAAAGAAAA